UCUUCAAGAUGAAUUCCAAGUUGGAGAGUGCAAAGGUCAAAAGAUGGUGGAAGGAGUGCAAAUUCCACUUCUUUUGAAACCAAAACAAGAUCACAGCAACACAAAUACUAUUAAUGUUGCUUCUCUUGUAGAUAUUCUUAAGGCCAACAAGGAUGCAUUUGAAGACAUGUUACUCAAGCAUAGUGCAAUCCUGUUUAGGGGCUUUGAUGUCAAGGAUGCACAAGAAUUCAAUGAUGUGGUUGAAGCUAUAGGUUGUGAAGACAUUCGAUAUGUCGGUCCGGCGCCACGAACUCAUGUUCAUAAGCGGGUGUGGACGGCGAAUGAAGGCCCGUUAUCGGAGUUCAUAUAUUAUCACCAUGAGAUGGUCUUGAUUAAGGAAUUUCCGACAAAAGUGAUACUCUUUUGUGAAGUACCUCCGCCGGAAGGAGGUGAGACACCAUUUGUGACUAGUUGGGGUGUGACUGAAAGAAUGCUAAAAGAGUUUCCGGAGAAUGUGAGGGAGAUGGAGGAGAAAGGAUUAAGAUAUAGUUUUACUGCAUUGAGCAAGAAUGAUACUGGUUCCAUGAGAGGGAGGGGAUGGGAAGAUGCUUUUGGUACUUCUGAUAAAGUUGAAGCUGAGAAAAGGGCAAAAGCGCUUGGUAUGGACAUAGAAUGGCUAUCAAAUGGAGGAGUGAAGGCAAUGUUAGGGCCGCGGCAAUUGACACGGGUGUUUCCAAAUAGACAAAAUAGGAAGAUGUGGUUCAAUACUAUUGUAGGAAUGUAUGGUAAAGAAACAAGCUCAGCAGAGAUGGCUGAUGGGUCAAAAAUACCAUCAAAUGUGGUUGAAAGGUGUGGGGAAAUAAUAGAAGAUGAGAGCAUUCAAUUUAAAUGGGAGAAAGGGGAUGUUCUCUUUUUGGAUAACUUGGCCUUGCUUCAUGGUAGAAGGCCAUCUUUGCCACCAAGGAAGGUUCUUGUUGCAACAUGCAAGUGAAGGAAAGAUCUAUUAUUAACUAUAUAUAUAUAUACAUAUAAUCUGGGUUUUCAAUAAGUUGGUAAUAAAUAAUACUAUGGAUGUAAUCUCGUUGUGCAAUGAGCAAGCUUUGUUUA